UUUUGUUUUUAAGAGCAAACUGUCGAAUUGAUGUCGUCACAGACAUCGACAACUUCAAGCAGCAGUUUAGAAUCAGGUAUCAAUGUAGUACCAGUUGCUGGCAAAUUCACUGAUAAUAUUGUCGUACAACGUCCUCUCCCAGAAGAUAUGGAAAUUGUAUUACCAGAAGCAAAAAGGAAGAGAGGACGCCGUAAAAUAAUGACUACUAAGCUUGCUGCGGCCUUAGAUAAAUGUAGAAUUAGUGACAGGGAUGCAGUUCAUAUUUUGAUUGCUACUACCGAGGCAUUGGGUCAUGAUGUUCAGGAUUUUGUUAUCAACAGGUCAUCCAUUCACAUUUAUAGAGAAAAAAUACGCGAAGAAAGAGCAGCUGAAAUUAAGAAGCACUUCAAGGACGCCAAAUUGCAAGCUGCUGUCGUGCAUUGGGAUGGUAAAUUACUUCCAGCCUUAACAGGUAAAGAGACUGUGGACAGACUUCCUGUGAUUCUUUCGAAUAACGAUACUGAGCAACUUCUUGGAGUGCCCGGAUUGCAAUCUGGAACUGGAAAACAGCAGGCAUCUGCUGUUUGUGAAACUCUUGCUGAAUGGGGUCUUCAGAAUUAUGUUAAAGCAUUAGUUUUCGAUACGACAGCAACGAAUACUGGAAGAUUUAGCGGUGCGUGCGUUUUAAUAGAAAAUUUUUUAGAAAAAGAUCUUUUGUAUUUACCUUGUAGACAUCAUAUAUAUGAAAUCAUUCUUAGAAGCGUUUUCGAGGAAAAGAUGGGUAAAACUACAGGUCCGAAUGUAUUAAUCUUUAAAAAAUUUCAAAACGCUUGGUCUGGAAUCAAUGUUCAUAAUUUCCGAUCCGGGAUUGAAAACAAAAAGGUCAAGGGACACUUGAAUCAGGGCGAUAUAACUCGAAUUCUUGAUUUUGUUAGAAAUACUUUAAGGGAACAGCAACCUAGAGAGGAUUAUAAGGAAUUCUUAGAAUUAACAGCAAUUUUCCUUGGCGAAGCACCACCUCGUGGAAUAUCUUUCCGUGUUCCGGGGGCCAUCCAUCAUGCGAGGUGGAUGGCCAAAGCGAUUUAUUGCUUGAAAAUCUUUCUGUUUCGUGGUGAAUUUAUAUUAUCACUACAAGAAGAAAAUGCGAUCUGUGAUAUUUGUAUCUUUCUUGUCAGUGUGUAUGUCGAAGCAUGGUUUUGUGCGCCUUCUGCAAUCAAAGCACCGUAUCUGGAUUUCAGGGUUCUUUCGAAACUUUUUGAAUAUCAAGCUGUUGAUCGUGGUAUCUCUCAUGUUGCUUUACAAAAACUAAGCAAUCAUUUAUGGUAUUUGAGCCCUGAAGUUGUCGCAUUAGCUUUCUUUGAUACAAAUUUAUCAUUUGAAUCAAAAAUAAAAAUGGUCAAUGCUUUGAAUCGCGAAACAGAAUCAUUAAACAAAAAUAAGAAGCGAAUAAAAGUACAAAUCGAUAAAAUCCCAGAAAUUAUUAACAACGGAAUUGAACAAUUUGUUUCCACCGAAACUAGAAAAUUUUUCAAAAGAUUUGACUUGAAUGAUGAAUUCCUUAAGACAGAACCGUUGACGUGGCAUAAAAAUGAAAGUUUUGUAAAAGGUCUGGAAUUAUUAAAUAAAUUGAGAGUUGUAAAUGAUUCGGCUGAGAGAGGGGUCAAGCUUAUGGAAGAUUAUAAUAAAUUAUUUACGAAAAAUGAGCAACAGAAACAGUAUGUGCUUCAGAUUGUAAGUGAUUACCGCCGAAAGUUUCCAGGUUAUAAAAAAGAGACUUUAUCUCAGCCGCUCAGCGUCAAGAUUUGUACUAAAAAGAAGUGAUUUUCACAUUUUUCUCGGAAAUAGUUAGUCGUACGAGAAAAAGUAAUAGAUAAUAA